CUCCUUUGAUACCCAGAGCCAUAAUGGCAGAGCUACCUGUGACAGAGAUACCUGGCGAUGCUCUGUGCAGUGGGCGCUUUACCAUCAGCACACUGCUGGGAGGCGAUGAGCCCCCACCAGCCGCCGGUGACAGCAGCCAGCCCAGCCACUUGACACACAGCAGCACCUUGUACAUGCGCACCUUCGGUUACAACACUAUAGACGUGGUGCCUGCCUAUGAACACUAUGCUAACAGUGCUCUGCCCGGUGAGCCUCGGAAGGUGCGGCCCACCCUGGCUGACCUGCAUUCCUUCCUCAAGCAGGAAGGUAGCCACCUGCAUGCCCUGGCCUUUGAUGGACGGCCAGGCCAUGAGCUGACUGAUGGACUUGUGGAAGACGAGACAGGCACCAACAGUGAGAAGAGCCCUGCAGAACCUGUGCGCUUCGGCUGGGUCAAGGGGGUGAUGAUCCGAUGUAUGCUCAACAUAUGGGGCGUGAUCCUCUACCUGCGGCUCCCCUGGAUCACGGCGCAGGCGGGCAUCGUGCUAACUUGGAUCAUCAUCCUGCUUUCUGUCAUGGUGACAUCCAUCACCGGCCUCUCCAUCUCGGCCAUCUCCACCAAUGGCAAGGUCAAGUCAGGUGGCACCUAUUUCCUAAUUUCCCGGAGUCUGGGACCAGAGCUGGGGGGCUCCAUUGGCCUCAUCUUCGCCUUUGCCAAUGCUGUGGGUGUGGCCAUGCACACUGUGGGCUUUGCGGAGACCGUACGAGACCUACUUCAGGAGUACGGCACACCCAUCGUAGACCCCACCAAUGACAUCCGCAUCAUCGGUGUGGUCACGGUCACAGUGCUGCUGGCCAUCUCGCUGGCUGGGAUGGAAUGGGAGUCCAAGGCCCAGGUACUAUUCUUUCUUGUCAUCAUGGUCUCUUUUGCCAACUAUCUGGUGGGCACACUGAUCCCAGCAUCUGAGGACAAAGCCUCCAAAGGCUUCUAUAGCUAUCAUGGGGACAUUUUUGUUCAGAACCUGGUACCCAACUGGAGAGGCCCCGAUGGUAGCUUCUUUGGCAUGUUCUCCAUCUUCUUCCCUUCGGCCACCGGAAUCCUGGCAGGUGCCAACAUCUCCGGGGACCUCAAGGACCCUGCUGUAGCCAUCCCCAAGGGAACACUCAUGGCCAUUUUCUGGACCACCAUCUCCUACCUUGCCAUCUCAGCUACGAUCGGCUCCUGUGUGGUGAGAGAUGCCUCUGGGGAUGUGAAUGACACCAUGACUCCUGGCCCAGGUCCCUGCGAAGGGCUAGCCUGUGGCUAUGGCUGGAACUUCACAGAGUGCUCCCAACAGCACAGCUGCCGCUACGGCCUCAUCAACUACUACCAGACCAUGAGCAUGGUGUCUGCCUUCGCACCCCUGAUCACAGCCGGCAUCUUUGGGGCCACCCUGUCCUCUGCCUUGGCCUGUCUUGUCUCUGCUGCCAAGGUCUUCCAGUGCCUGUGCGAAGACCAGCUAUACCCUCUGAUUGGCUUCUUUGGCAAAGGUUAUGGCAAGAACAGGGAGCCUGUGCGUGGCUACCUGCUGGCCUACGCCAUCGCUGUGGCCUUCAUCAUCAUUGCUGAACUCAACACCAUCGCUCCCAUCAUUUCCAAUUUCUUCCUCUGCUCCUACGCCCUCAUCAAUUUCAGCUGCUUCCAUGCCUCCAUCACCAACUCGCCUGGAUGGAGGCCCUCCUUCCGAUACUACAGCAAGUGGGCAGCGCUCUUUGGGGCAGUGAUCUCGGUGGUCAUUAUGUUCCUGCUUACCUGGUGGGCGGCUCUCAUUGCCAUCGGAGUUGUUCUCUUCCUCCUGCUCUAUGUGAUCUACAAGAAGCCAGAGGUGAACUGGGGCUCCUCAGUACAGGCUGGCUCCUACAACCUGGCCCUGAGCUACUCCGUGGGCCUCAAUGAGGUGGAAGAUCACAUCAAGAACUACCGACCCCAGUGCCUGGUGCUUACAGGGCCCCCCAACUUCCGCCCAGCCCUUGUGGACUUUGUGAGCACAUUUACCCAGAACCUAAGCCUGAUGAUCUGUGGCCACGUGCUCAUUGGACCCGGCAAGCAGAGAGUGCCCGAGCUCCGGCUCAUCGCCAGUGGACACACCAGGUGGCUGAACAAGAGGAAGAUCAAGGCCUUCUACUCUGAUGUCAUAGCUGAGGACUUGCGCAGUGGCGUCCAGAUCCUCAUGCAGGCCUCAGGGCUGGGAAGGAUGAAGCCCAACAUUCUGGUGGUCGGAUUCAAGAGGAAUUGGCAGUCUGCCCACCCAGCCACUGUGGAGGACUACAUUGGCAUCCUGCAUGAUGCCUUUGACUUCAACUACGGGGUGUGUGUCAUGAGGAUGCGUGAGGGGCUCAAUGUCUCCAAGGUGCUGCAGACGCACACAGCCCCGGAGGCAUUGGUACAGGAGGAGCAGGCCAGCACCAUCUUCCAGUCGGAGCAAGGCAAGAAGACCAUCGACAUCUACUGGCUGUUUGAUGAUGGAGGCCUCACCCUCCUCGUCCCCUAUCUCCUGCACCGCAAGAAGAGAUGGGGCAAAUGCAAGAUCCGAGUGUUUGUUGGGGGCCAGAUCAACAGGAUGGACGAAGAGAGAAAGGCGAUCAUUUCUCUGUUGAGCAAGUUCAGACUGGGAUUCCAUGAAGUUCACGUCCUUCCCGACAUCAACCAGAAGCCCCAGGCCGAGCACACCAAGCGGUUUGAGGACAUGAUCGCACCCUUCCGCCUCAAUGAUGGCUUCAAGGACGAGGCCACUGUCACUGAGAUGAGGAGGGACUGUCCCUGGAAGAUCUCAGAUGAGGAGAUUAACAAGAACAGAAUUAAGUCCCUUCGGCAGGUGAGGCUGAAUGAGAUUCUCCUGGAUUACUCUCGGGAUGCUGCUCUGAUCAUCCUCACCUUGCCCAUUGGAAGGAAGGGGAAGUGCCCCAGUUCACUGUACAUGGCCUGGCUGGAGACCCUGUCCCAGGACCUCAGACCUCCAGUCCUCCUUAUCCGAGGCAACCAGGAGAACGUGCUCACCUUUUACUGCCAGUGAUGCCCGGUGUGGUGGUUCCUGCCCAAGGCUGAGGGCUUGAGAUGGAGUCAAAACUCACCCUCUCCAGCUGGAGAAGAGGCUUCAAGUUCUGCUCUAUCAUACCAUGUACCAGUGUCUCGGCAGAAGAUGGUGUUUCCAAGCUGGCUGAACCCCACCAGACACACUUUUUGGACCUUGAAGUUACAUGGAAAAAGUCUCUGGAAGAUUCUCUCUCUUUUAAAAAGCUUUUAUUUGUCUUGAUGACCAAAGUAUUAGUCAUUGAUUCAGUCUUUAACUUGUAUACAAAUUGAGUCCCAGCACUGGGUGCACAACUUGGCAGUCUCUCUUGGGACCCUCCCUGCACCCAUCCCCAAAGAUGUCUUAGAGCAGGAGCCUAUCCUGAGGACUCACGCAGAGUUCUGAUGACCACAGGGUCCUCUGAGCUGCACAGCCACACACAUUUCUUCAGCCCUAACUCCUGUUGCUUCUCAGUGAUGGCUCCGGGGUGGUCUUACUGAUUCUUUACACGAGGGUCCUCUAGGUACUUUGAUUACAAAUUCUAUGGUUUUCCCGGAGACUCAGAACACACAGAACAAUGGCAGGGAAGCAUCACAAAAUGGUACUUACUCUAGAGGGUGCCUUCCAGUAUUUUCUGUUCUGCUUCUCUCUCUUUCUCUCUUCCUCUUUCCUCUCCCUCCCUCCUACCCUCCUUCCUUCUUUCUGACAGAGUCCUGUAUAGUCCAGGCUGGCCUUGAACUUGCUCUAUAGCCAAGAAUAGCUUCGAACUGCUGAUACUCCCCCACCCCCAGCUUCUACUACAGAGCACCGAGAUUCCAGGCACAUGCCAGUAUACCGGCAUGUUUUCUGUGGUGCUAGGGAUCAAACCUAUGGGUUUAUGGGUACCAGCAACUAUGCUAACUAUGCUCCUUGCCCAGUCUCUAUUCUGCUUCUUUUUACGUUGAUUGCAACCUACUAAGUGAUUUUCAGACCCACUCACGUGCAGCGACCCAAGUUUUGAAAAACAGGUUUAAUGGUUUGUGUGUAGGGUUUGUUGCUGGUUAGUUUUCUUGUUGUUCAGGAAUUUUGUUUUGUCAACUUGGCAAGAGCUAGGGCUAUCUAAGCAGAAGGAACUUCAAUUGACAAAAUGCCUCCCUCUGAUUGGCCUGUAACGAUUGAUGGGGGGGCGGGCUAGCCCACUUUGUUGCUGUGCCACCAUGUGCAGGUGGCCCUGGAGUGUAUAAGAAAACAGGCUGAGCAAACCACAGGAGCAAACCAGUAAGUGUUCCUCCGUGGCUUCUGCUUUAGUUCCUGCCUAGAGUUCCUUCCCUGACUUCUCUUCAUUAUGAACUGUAAACCCUAAGAUGAAAUAAACCCCUUUCUCCCCAA